GGAAGAUCCUGGGAUGUGUGUCUAUCUAUUUGUGUGUCCCUUGGCACCCUUGAUCCGCCGAACCAGCCCCCUCGCUUAUCCAAGGGUCGAGGGCGACUGGGGCGUGGCCGCGUGUCUCUUCAGCCACCUCGCCGCGCUGGCCGCGCUGGCCUCGAGCCCCGUCGAGGCCCCCGCCCACCCGCGGCCCGUGUGGCUCGUCCUCGAGGACGACGCGGUCGUGCCGGCCGAUCUGCGGGGGAGGUGGGAGCAGAUCUGGCCGUACGUCCCCGAGGAGCUCCGACCGCGCCGGGGAGGCUGCGAGGGUGCCGACGUGCCGCGGCCCGUCCCGGAGAGGCCCCUCGCCGCCAGAGGAAGCGAUGAAGGAAAAAGCAUCACGUUGGUGUCGGGUAUCGCGGUAUCGGUGCCCGUCGCGGGGUGUCGCGGCAUCGGGUGUCGCGGUAUCGGCAUCGGACAUCGCGAGGUGGGCACGUUCAUGUUGACGAUGGCGAGGGUGGUGGAAACGGCCAGGCCCGACGCCGCCGAGGGCUCGACCCCUGGCAUGAUGGCGUGGCGCGCGGACGCUCUGAAAAGUGAUCCAGAGCACGUGGGCGCUCUGGAGCCCGAGCGCCUGAACUCUCUGCGCAGGACCUGGACGCUCCGCGCAGGCCCCAGCGAUGCCUCUGAGCCCGAGCGCCUGGACGCUCUGAGCAGGGCAUACGGGUACGCAAGUUUGCUAUCCGUGCCGGUCGUGUUCAGGGCACAUGGGAAUGCUGGCGAGGUCACCCGGGCGUACCGAUCGCUGGCGAAGCAGUACCACCCCGACAAAGCCUCGCACUUGGACGAGGCCGCCCGACGAGAGCGAGAACGCCAGAUGGCCGCAAUCAACGUCGCGUACUCGGUGGUGAUCUCUCCGCGCCAGCGGCAGGAGUACGACCUCGGGCUCCCGGAGACCCCGCCCGGCGCGGCGCGGCCGGGGCCGGCGGGGGCGUUUGCGCGCGCCGCCAGCCGCGCCCAGGCGGCACCCGCCUGCCACCCCCCCGCCUCAGGGCGGUCGCCCGUGUCGGCGGGGGGCGGCUUGAUCGCAGGCGGCGGGCCCCCGAGGCCCCGCUACCAGAGCGCGGGGAAGUACACGCAGAGCAGCCGGCAGGCCCGGCGCAUGGACCCCUCGCAGUACACCGUGCACGUGGACGGCCGUGCCCGGCAGUUCGGCGGCGCCGCCGGCCCCGGCGCCGGCGACCCCGCGCCAGCGCCCGCCCCCUCCGCCGCCGGACCAGCGACCGUCGACGCGGGUGCGCGCGCGGGCGAGGUCCGGGACCCGAGCUACCUGCAGAGGCGGCUCGACCAGGCGCGCGAGUGGGAGAGGCUGCACUGCCCCGAGGGGCCGCCCGCGCCCCAGUACGAGUGGAAG